AUGGCGGCGGAAUCUGCCGGAGAGACGGCGCUGGCAGACGUAAGGCACAGAAAGCCGGAGAUACCCGGUGAGGGCGACGAUGUGCCGCCUUUGAGAAAGUAUUCCGCGUUUGCUAUCGCUCGCCCUUACUUAGCUAAUUCGUGGGACGAAGCGCAUGCUGCUACGCAGGAUUCCAUCGCGUUUUUUUGCACGUGGGCCGUCAAGUAG